GUGUCUUACAUGCCGCUAGCUCUUUAUAUUUUUUUGGCAGCAAAUCGUCGUCUUUUUUGCUGUUAGCAGCCCUGCGUUCGGCAGGAGACGGCAAGAGCUGUCGAAAAGGCGUACUUUUGAAUUUGUUGUCAGCUCACGCGCUUCCUGCUGCUUCCGUGCCGCAAGCACAGCGUCCAGCAAACGAAGAUGAGCGCCCUCCUCGACGCCACCAAUGCGACCCCACAAGCGUUAGUAGGAACAAGAAUCAGGGACGACAACGACUUCCGCGGCACGAUUAGAUAUGUGGGACCCGUCGCCACAUCCACAAAAGACCCGAACGCGACGUGGUACGGCGUCGAAUGGGACGACGCGACGCGCGGCAAGCACGACGGCGCCGUCGAGAAGGAUUCCCAGGAAAUUCGAUACUUCACGUGCCCCGCGGGCGCCGGCUCCUUCGUCAAGCCCAAGAAGGUCGACAGAGGUUCCAGUUUAGUCGAAGCGUUGCGACAGAAGUACGUUGGAUUGGACGCGCCCGUCGAAGCGCCGCUGGGUGUCGAUAAAAAUGAGGCCGAUUCCAGAGAUUUCCUGAAGGGUUCUACGGAACAGACGAAGCGGAACGGGGAGGAAAUUACGCGGGGCACCUUCGAGCACAAGGCGUACACAAAAAGAGGUAACACGAAGGCGAUCCAGUUCUGCGGCGAGUUGAAUGUACGGAAAGAACAACAAUUGGACGACGGCGUCGUCGAUCGCGUUGUUCUCAGGUGUGCCGGCGUGUCGCGACUGGGUUCAUUGGACCAAGCGUCGACGGAGCACCUGGCGUCGCUCACGAUUUUGGACCUGCAGUGCAACCUGCUGGCGGCCUGGACCGAUGUGGGAGACAUCGUCAAGGCGUGUCCCAAUUUGACUUCCCUAGAUGUCUCGGGGAACCGACUCCAGCUGACCAGCAGCGAAGACCUCGCUCCCCUGAGAAAUCUCAAGUCCCUCGCGGCGAACGGUGUUGGUCUCAAAUCCUGGGAGGAGAUUUUGUCUAUUGGGAGAGCGGCGCCUUCACUCGAAGUGCUACAUGUCGGCAAGAACGCCGGUUGUUGCUCAGGAAAGUGUGAAGUGAAAGACGCGUUCCCCUCGUUGCGGUUGUUGGACGUCGCGUGUACGGAUCUCAGAGAUGCGACGCCCUUCGCCGCACUCCCGAAGCUGGACGAGCUCCAUGCCGCGGAGAACCCUCUACUGGCGAACAUCACCGGAUGUGUGUUCUCGAAGUUGACGGCCUUAGGCUGCGCGGGUUGUGGGUUCGCGGCCUGGUCCGACGUGGACGCGCUAGCAUUGUCCUGCCCUCAAUUGACUCGAUUACGCUUCGGCCGCGACAACGCCGUGACUUCUGCCUUGGGCGCGUCGGAAGCUCGAGCGUUGCUCGUGGCGCGCUUGGCGACGGUGCGCUUGCUCAAUGGUGCGGAAGUCUCACGGAGAGAGCGCACGGAAGCGGAAAAGAGAUAUAUCCGCAUCGCCAAGGCCAAGAUUGAACAAGGUGGCUCGGAGCAGGACCACCCGCGACUGAAGGCACUCAUCGAGGAGCACGGCGAGCCCAUGUCCAAGCUCGCCUCGUCGAAUCAGGGCGGUCCUUUGGGAGCGAACCUCGUCACGCUCACCUUGAGAUGCAUGUGCGCCGAGCAGUGCACGAAGGAACCGGUUCGCAAAAAGUUCCCCGGCUCGACCAAGAUCUCGAUGCUCAAGCGCAUCUCCACCAGAGUGUUUGGGGUGGACGCGGCGGAAAUCACUUUAUAUUUCGUGCCCGAGGAGGGCUGCGCUCCCACAUAUUUAGAUGAUGACGACGCGCAGCUGUCGUAUUUUGGCGUGCCCGACGGCGCGACGGUCGACGUGGCGGACAAGGUGGCGUUUGACGAGUGAGGCGUUUUUUGGCGUAAGGUUUUAUAUGAUAUCUAGC